AUGUCUUGCGAGGAAAUUCCAAGUCAGUCCAACUUGUCCUCUGAUACUAUGCAACACAUUCCAGACCACCAGCCACAAGCAGACAUAAGAACAACAGCCUUUGAUGAAGUCAUCCCUGGUCGCCGUGAUUUCGCAGCGUCCGUUACUCAGCAGUCUAUUCUGCGUGAAUCCCCCUCCUUGAUCCAAGCCGUCCGGUCCGGCCUCGGCCUGUACCGAUUUUGGGCUGUUCUCAUCGGUGUUGAUGCGUACGCGCAAGUUCCCUUGCGCGGUUGCAAAACUGUAUCCAGUGUCUCCUCGGCCCCAAAUAUCCAAACUCUGAUGAUCCGGGAUCCCAAGUCUACGCCUUCCCGCACCAACAUUGUGGAUACGCUCUACAGUCUCGUUAACAACCCUGAAAUUGAGCGAAACGACAAUAUCAUCAUCUACUAUGCUGGGCAUGGCACCAGCUACUACUGUGAAAAGCAUGAUCUCGAGUCUCAAUGCGACAUUUCUUGUCCCAUCGAAGCACUGUGCCCCAUUGAUCGCGAUUACCAGGACUCCAACGGAAAUUGGAUACCUGACAUCAGCGACCGAGAGCUCAACAGCCUUUUCACGCUAAUAAGUCAUGCAAAGGGGCCAAAUAUCACAUUCAUUGCAGACUGCUGCCACAGGCCCACAGUGGUGGCAUGA